AUGUCGUCGGGAUUAGCGGUAUGGUGUAUGGGGCUUGUCUGUGUUGGGGUGAUGUGGCUCACCUCCCACGUGUACCAUCUGCUCAUCGAUGUCUACGAACAGUCCGCUGCACUCAGCGACAUUGAGUAUUCAUGGUUCUUCAAACUGCUGCUGAACCUGGUAGGCUACUCCACCGUGCUACUGCCCAUGUUCAUUAUGUAUAAAUAUUUGGAAAAAAUCAACUACUUUGAUAAGAUAAGCAACUCAGGGUGGACGUGGCGCGUCCUGUUCUCGUGUUUCGGUGAGCCGGGCGAGCGGCUGCCUGAGACCGCGAAGGUGCGCAAGGACGAAAGUCCGACACGAGAGGGCGCGCAGCUCGCGUUCUGCUUCAUUGGCCUCAUGUCCUCAUACCUCGUCUGGGGACUGCUGCAGGAGAAGAUCAUGACACAGGUAUACGUGAUGCCAGACGGCAGUACGACUCGGUUCACGGACUCUCAGUUCCUUGUGUUCGUGAACCGGCUGGCGGCGCUAGUGGCGGCGGCCGCGCGACUGGCGUGUACUCGCGCGGCGCUGGCCCCGGUGCCGCUGUACAAGUUCUCGUACUGCUCGCUCACCAACGUCGUCAGCGCGUGGUGCCAGUACGAGGCACUCAAGUACGUCAGCUUCCCCACACAGGUGCUAUCGAAGUCCUGCAAGGUGAUCCCGGUGAUGUUGAUGGGCAAGUUAGUGUCACGCAACAAGUACGAGGUGUACGAGUAUGUGACUGCGGUGCUUAUAUCCAUAGGCAUGAUCAUGUUCAUGUUCGGCAGUCAUGACGAGAAUAUGGUGCCGAGCGCGAUGACGUGGGGCGGCGCGGCGCUGCUGGGCGUGUACAUGGCGUGCGACAGCUUCACGUCGUCGUGGCAGGGCGCCGUGUUCCGGCGCUACCAGUGCGGCGCGCUGCACAUGCUGUGCGCCGUCAACGCGUUCUCGUGCGCGCUCACGGCCGCCGCGCAUGCGCACCACGCGCCGCCGCUGCCGCUGCUGCGCCACCCCAUGUUCGCGGCCGACUGCAUCGUGCUGUCGCUCAGCUCCGCCAUCGGCCAGCUGCUCAUAUACCAUACUAUAGCGCGCUUCGGGGCCGUCGUCUUCACUAUUAUUAUGACGCUGAGACAGGCGGUGUCGAUCCUGCUGUCGUGCGCGGUGUACGGGCACCGCGUGUCGGGGGGGGGCGCGCUGGGCGUGGCCGUGGUGCUGGGCGCCGUGCUGCUGCGCCUGUACGCGCGCGCGCGCCUGCGCACCCGCCGCCGCGCCGCGCAGCUCUAG